CGGAAGCCGCCUCGGGACCGCGGGUCGCGCAGGAUUGUUUCCCUUGGACAUGAUGUCAUGUGGAGGUGACCAGCGACCACAGGCUUCUGCCAAACCCGUUUUCAGUGAGGCACAAGCCUGUGCGGUGGUGGAAUCGGUUUUUGGGUUCAAAGUUUCCAAGAUCCAGCCGCUUCCUAGCUAUGAUGACCAAAACUUUCACGUGUGCGUUUCAAGAGCCAAACACACUACCGACGGCCCAAUGGAAUAUGUCCUCAAAAUAAGCAAUACCGAGUCUAGCAAAAACCCAGACCUGAUCGAGGUGCAGAGUCAUAUCAUCAUGUUCCUGCAGGCAGCUGGCUUUCCGACAGCCUCAGUGUGUCGUACCAAAGGAGACAACAUAACCCAUCUCAUGUCCGUAGAUGGUGGUUCUGAAAUCAAGAGCUACUUGGUGAGGCUGCUGACUUACCUCCCGGGAAGACCCAUAGCUGAGAUUCCUAUCCGCCCACAGCUAUUAUAUGAAAUCGGAAGGCUGGCUGCCGAGUUGGAUAAGACACUGGAGAAAUUCCAUCACCCAAAGUUAAGAUGUCUUCAUCGGGAGAACUUCAUCUGGAACCUGAAAAAUGUUCCUCUUCUGGAGAAAUACCUGUAUGCCUUGGGCCAGGAUCGAAAUCGUGAGGUUGUGGAACGGGUCAUUCAGCUGUUCAAGGAUGAAGUUGUGACCAAAUUAUGUCACUUUCGAGAGUGUAUCAAUCAUGGAGAUCUUAAUGACCACAACAUUUUAAUUGAGUCCCGCAAGUCGGCCUUUGGAGAUGCUGUCUAUCACGUGUCUGGGGUUUUGGACUUUGAUGACAUGAGCUAUGGCUACUAUGUGUUUGAAGUGGCAAUCACCAUCAUGUACAUGAUGAUCGAAAGCAAGGAUCCUAUACAAGUAGGUGGUCAUGUCCUUGCAGGGUUUGAGAGUAUAAUCCCACUGACACCUGUAGAGAGGGGUGCGUUGUUUCUGCUUGUGUGCAGCCGUUUUUGUCAAUCGCUUGUCAUGGCCGCGUACUCUUGCCAGUUACACCCAGAGAACAAGGCGUAUCUCAUGAUUACUGCAAAAACCGGGUGGAAACAUUUACAGCUAAUGUUUGACAUGGGCCAGAAAGCUGUCGAAGAAAUCUGGUUCAACACUGCUGAGUCCUACCAAUCUGGGAUCUCCAUGUGA